AUGCUGGCAUUAACUCUGACGGCGGAUUUGGAAGGGUGGGACGCCCACGUGACCGACCUUGUACCUUCCGACACAGCUGAAACACCGUACUACUACACUUUCAAGGUCCAGUGUACAUCAUGUCGUGAGAUCCAUGCAAAUUGGGUGGGGGUCAGCCGUCAUGACAUGAACGAGCAAUCCGGGAGCCGAGGAGAAGCAAACUUUGUCUGGAAAUGCAAGAACUGUAAGAGAGAAUCCAGCGCCUCGAUCAAAGCAGCUCCGGCCAAAUAUGAGCAAAAUUCUCCCGCAAAACCAAAGAACAUCAUCGAUAUCGAUUGCCGGGGUCUAGAAUUCACUGAUUUCAAGCCAGAUGGGGAGUGGGAGGCCACGGGAAUCGAGUCCGGGACGAAAUUCACGGGUAUCGACCUGUCAGAGGGAGAGUGGUUUGAUUACGACGAGAAAGCUGGCGAGGAAGUCAGCAUUAAAGACAUCAAGUGGCAAAUACGACGAGCUUGA